AUGCAGACAAAAAGAGGAGAGCCGGUGCAGACAGAUAGAGGAGAGCCGGUGCAGACAGAUAGAGGAGAGCCGGUGCAGACAGAUAGAGGAGAGCCGGUGCAUACAGAAAGAGGAGAGCCGGUGCAGACAGAUAGAGGAGAGCCGGUGCACACAGAUAGAGGAGAGCCAAUGCAGACAAAAAGAGGAGAGCCGGUGCAGACAGAUAGAGGAGAGCCGGUGCACACAGAUAGAGGAGAGCCGGUGCACACAGAAAGAGGAGAGCCGGUGCAGACAGAAAGAGGAGAGCCAAUGCAGACAAAAGAGGAGAGCCGGUGCAGACAGAUAGAGGAGAGCUGGUGCAGACAGAGGAGAGCCGGUGCAGACAAAGAGGAGAGCCGAUGCAGACAGAAAGAGGAGAGCCGAUGCAGACAAAAAGAGGAGAGCCGGUGCAGACAGAUAGAGGAGAGCCGGUGCAGACAGAUAGAGGAGAGCCGGUGCAGACAGAUAGAGGAGAGCCGGUGCAGACAGAUAGAGGAGAGCCGGUGCAGACAAAGAGGAGAGCCGAUGCAGACAGAAAGAGGAGAGCCGAUGCAGACAAAAAGAGGAGAGCCGGUACAGACAGAUAGAGGAGAGCCAAUGCAGACAAAAAGAGGAGAGCCGGUGCAGACAGAUAGAGGAGAGCCGGUGCAGACAGAUAGAGGAGAGCCGGUGCAGACAGAUAGAGGAGAGCCGGUGCAGACAGAUAGAGGAGAGCCGGUGCAGACAGAUAGAGGAGAGCUGGUGCAUACAGAAAGAGGAGAGCCGGUGCAGACAGAUAGAGGAGAGCCGGUGCAGACAGAUAGAGGAGAGCCGGUGCAGACAGAUAGAGGAGAGCCGGUGCAGACAGAAAGAGGAGAGCCGGUGCAGACAGAUAGAGGAGAGCCGGUGCACACAGAUAGAGGAGAGCCGGUGCAGACAGAUAGAGGAGAGCCAAUGCAGACAAAAAGAGGAGAGCCGGUGCAGACAGAUAGAGGAGAGCCGGUGCAGACAGAUAGAGGAGAGCCGGUGCAGACAGAUAGAGGAGAGCUGGUGCAGACAGAGGAGAGCCGGUGCAGACAAAGAGGAGAGCCGAUGCAGACAGAAAGAGGAGAGCCAAUGCAGACAAAAAGAGGAGAGCCGGUGCAGACAGAUAGAGGAGAGCCAAUGCAGACAAAAAUAGGAGAGCCGGUGCAGACAGAUAGAGGAGAGCCGGUGCAGACAGAUAGAGGAGAGCCGGUGCAGACAGAUAGAGGAGAGCCGGUGCAGACAGAUAGAGGAGAGCCGGUGCAUACAGAAAGAGGAGAGCCGGUGCAGACAGAUAGAGGAGAGCCGGUGCACACAGAUAGAGGAGAGCCAAUGCAGACAAAAAGAGGAGAGCCGGUGCAGACAGAUAGAGGAGAGCCAAUGCAGACAAAAAGAGGAGAGCCGGUGCAGACAGAUAGAGGAGAGCCGGUGCAGACAGAUAGAGGAGAGCCGGUGCAGACAGAUAGAGGAGAGCUGGUGCAGACAGAGGAGAGCCGGUGCAGACAAAGAGGAGAGCCGAUGCAGACAGAAAGAGGAGAGCCAAUGCAGACAAAAAGAGGAGAGCCGGUGCAGACAGAUAGAGGAGAGCCAAUGCAGACAAAAAGAGGAGAGCCGGCGCAGACAGAAAGAGGAGAGCCGGCGCAGACAGAAAGAGGAGAGCCGGUGCAGACAGAGGAGAGUUGGUGCAGACAGAAAGAGGAGAGCCGGUGCAGACAGAAAGAGGAGAGCCGGUGCAGACAGAUAGAGGAGAGCCGGUGCAGACAGAUAGAGGAGAGCCGGUGCAGACAGAUAGAGGAGAGCCGGUGCAGACAGAAAGAGGAGAGCCGGUGCAGACAGAAAGAGGAGAGCCGGUGCAGACAGAUAGAGGAGAGCCAGUGCACACAGAUAGAGGAGAGCCGGUGCACACAGAUAGAGGAGAGCCGAUGCAGACAGAAAGAGGAGAGCCGGUGCAGACAGAAAGAGGAGAGCCGGUGCAGACAGAAAGAGAAGAGCUGGUGCAGACAGAAAGAGGAGAGCCAGUGCACACAGAAAGAGGAGAGCCGGUGCAGACAGAAAGAGAAGAGCCGGUGCAGACAGAAAGAGGAGAGCCGGUGCACACAGAAAGAGGAGAGCCGGUGCAGACAGAAAGAGAAGAGCCGGUGCAGACAGAAAGAGGAGAGCCGGUGCAGACAGAAAGAGGAGAGCCAGUGCACACAGAUAGAGGAGAGCCAGUGCACACAGAAAGAGGAGAGCCGGUGCAGACAGAAAGAGGAGAGCCGGUGCAGACAGAAAGAGAAGAGCUGGUGCAGACAGAAAGAGGAGAGCCGGUGCAGACAGAAAGAGGAGAGCCGGUGCAGACAGAUAGAGGAGAGUCGGUGCACACAGAUAGAGGAGAGCCGGUGCACACAGAUAGAGGAGAGCCGGUGCACACAGAUAGAGGAGAGCCGGUGCAGACAGAAAGAGGAGAGCCGGUGCAGAAAGAAAGAGGAGAGCCGGUGCACACAGAUAGAGGAGAGCCAGUGCAGACAGAAAGAGGAGAGCCAGCGCAGACAGAAAGAGGAGAGCCAGUGCAGACAGAUAGAGGAGAGCCGGCGCAGACAGAUAGAGGAGAGCCGGUGCAGACAGAUAGAGGAGAGCCGGUGCACACAGAUAGAGGAGAGCCGGUGCAGACAGAUAGAGGAGAGCCAGUGCAGACAGAAAGAGGAGAGCCAGCGCAGACAGAAAGAGGAGAGCCAGCGCAGACAGAUAGAGGAGAGCCGGUGCAGACAGAUAGAGGAGAGCCGGUGCAUACAGAUAGAGGAGAGCCAGUGCAGACAGAAAGAGGAGAGCCAGCACAGACAGAAAGAGGAGAGCCAGCGCAGACAGAUAGAGGAGAGCCGGUGCACACAGAAAGAGGAGAGCCGGUGCAGACAGAAAGAGGAGAGCCGAUGCAGACAAAAAGAGGAGAGCCGGUGCAGACAGAUAGAGGAGAGCCGGUGCACACAGAAAGAGGAGAGCCGGUGCAGACAGAAAGAGGAGAGCCAACGCAGACAGAAAGAGGAGAGCCAGCGCAGACAGAUAGAGGAGAGCCGGUGCACACAGAAAGAGGAGAGCUGGUGCAGGCGGAAAGGGGAGAGCUGA